AUGCUGAUUUCGGCGCUGGUGGCCGAGUUCGAGCGCCAGGGCUUCAGCAGCCGUGAGCAGGUGGCGUCGAUGACGCGUGCGCAGGUCGAGAACGUCGUGCUUCAAUUCGUGAGCGGCGAGCCCGACACGCUCCUGCCCACGCGAGAAGGCGAUCUGAAGACGGCGCUGCUGCCGGACGUGGCCGAGGCGGGCGACGAGCGCCAAUGCCGCGCGUUGCUCGCGGCCGGCGCGCGUCCCGACGCGCGCCGGCGUACGGGCGAGACCGCGCUGGCGCUUGCCGCCAAGAAUGGCCACGUCGCGUGCGUCGGCGCGCUGCUCGGCGCGCACGCCGACCCACAUGCGAGCACGCCCGACGGCCGGACGGCGCUGCACGCCGCGUGCGCCGCCUCGUUCGAGGAGACCGCCCUCGCGCUGGUCGACGCGGGCGCGAGCCUGAGCGCGCGCUCCGCGAGCGGCAACACACCGCUCCAGCUGCUCAGCACGUCGGCGUAUGCGGCGCUGCCCGUCGAUCUGCUGGGCGGCGCGCCUACUGGCAGCGACGCGCCAUGGGCCAAGCGGCCCAGGCCAUCGCGUGGCGGCUUGGACAUCGAGGUGGCGCUAGCGAGCGCUCGCGAGGCGAUGGCGGUGCGCCUCGCCCGUUACGCCACCGGCGCGCUCCAAGCGUCGCCGCUCGAGAUUGGGCGCGACCCCUCCUUCCCGCGCCGGCUGUACGAGUGGCGGCGCUGGAGCCCGAGCGUGCACGGCUUCUUCCCACGGGCCUUCCGCGAGGUGGUGUGGCUGCUGCUGCUGCACGCGCGGCGCGGCACGGGCGCGGGCGGCCUCGCCCUCCUGCCUCCGGACCUGCUGCUCGACGUGCUGCGCAAGCUGACGCGCGACGACGUCGCGGUGGCGGCGGACGAGCGUCGCGCCUUCGAGAACGCUGUGCCAAAGGCGACCUCGCCCAUGAUCGACUGCCGCCCCGUGAUGCUGCGCGGAUGGCCGCACGUGGUCGCCGUGGCGGAUACACUCGCCCGUGGGCGGGCGGGGAGCGACGGCGGCUCGUCGGGUCGUGGUGAGUCAUGA